UUCCACCCCCCAUUUUGGAUUGCUCCCGCUCACCCCACAAGUGGUACAGCUGCCGUACCCAUGUUCACAACCUCACAGAGCCAAACAUAAUAUUGAUAUCUCCCUUAAUUUCCGGCCGCCCAUUUCUUUGUUAUUCUAAUUGCAUGGCUGAUAUCAAAAGUCUUCAACGUUGUUGUCGGUCUUCUUUUCUUGGUUGUGUGUGUGUGGGUAAUGGUUUUACCAGCGAAAAAGUGGUAGGUUUUAACAGUGGAAAACUCAAGAGGUUCUCUCAUUCACAUAUAGUGGAGCAAUGGGUCCAUCUCUUUGGUCACGUAUUUUGCAGGUUGGAUAUGAAGAUGAAGUCAUAGAUUUUACAGAGAAAUUACGGUGGACCGCCCUGCCAAUGGGUCUACAGCUGCCCUCAACAUAAUAUUUGUUAAAUUUACUUUUGAUUACCCAUUUGACUUGAAUUCUAUUUUUUUAGUGUCAACCCGUUUGUUUUGUUUAAGGAUAUUUUAUUAUUAGGACAGCCAAUUAUGGCAGUUACAUUAGGGGCCUGCGUUACUGCACUCUUGAGUCUAGAUUUGUAGUGGGGAAUACCCACUUGGGUUUUCUUAAUUCUUAAAUGUAAUAAGCUUUUGGGUUCGUUAAGUUGUGGGCAAUUAUUGUACUUGCUUGUAUUUGAAUAUGUAAUUGUGUUUUUUCCCCUCCCCUAAAAUGGGGUUUCUUAGAUUAUAUCUUGCUUUUCACUCUUCUGUCAUUGGCUUUGGCCAUUCUGCCCACCAACUUGCCAAAAAAAAUAAAUUAAUAAAUUGCUGUAGGAUAAAGGGAUUUCAGGGCUAUAUAUAUAUCUGUUUUCAUGAAAAUGACGUUUUAGCUUUUUUGGAAUUUUUGAGUUGUUAUUGAAUAUUCAACAAUAUCAUGCUUUUUUAUGUUAUGUAUUUGAAAAUUGCAACAUGGGGGAAGGACCAUGGAGUAUUCUUUUUCGCAAGUUGAGGAUGAAGAUGUCUGAUAGAUAUGUCCACACUUUAUCCGUCCUUUCUAUGUGGUCCUUAAUAUGAAUCUUCCUUUUAUUUGGCAUCAAAUAAGCCUACCCUUUAGACCUUCUCAUCUUGUUGUGUCUGAGAAACCUAUAUUUAAAUAUUACUUUCCUUGAACUGCGACAAUUGCAUGCCAGUGGCUGCUUCAAUAUUCAAGAACCUCUGCCUUGAAAGUAUAGUAUAUAAGUGUUGCUGGCCUCCAGUGCUAAUUCCUGAGCUUGAAACAAUGAGAGCCAAGCGAGGGAAGCGCCCUGAGCCCUUUUGGCCUUCCAUUGUGGUGAAGAAAUGGUUAAAUAUCAAGCCUCAAGUGUAUGAUUUCAGUGAAGAUGAGGCUGACACUGAAGCUGAGAGUGAAGAUGAUGCUUGCUCUGUUAAAGAUGCCAGAAUUCACGCGGAUGAGGAUCAUGCCCAUAGGACACAGGGGAACCAAUCCAUAUGCCCCACUCAAACUUCAGAUACACCUUCCAAUGGCUAUCGGUUAAGACACAGGAGAGGAAAAUCAGAAACUUUGCGUGCGCAGUACAUAAAUACAAAGGAUAUGAGGGUGACAAUUGGUACUUGGAAUGUUGCUGGAAGAGUUCCAGAUGAAAAUCUUGAGAUUGAUGACUGGCUUUGUACAGAAGAGCCAGCCGAUAUUUACAUUCUUGGUUUCCAGGAGGUAGUCCCUUUGAAUGCUGGGAAUGUACUGGGAGCAGAGGAUAACAGGCCCAUUCCAAAAUGGGAGGCAAUCAUACGAAAAACUCUCAAUAAAUCUUUGGAACCUGAAAGCAAAUACAAGAGCUAUAGUGCCCCACCCUCCCCAGUGUUAAGAACUUCUUCUGUUGCUGAUGAACUUGCAGCUGAGGUUGACGCUCAUCCAUUAGACAUGAUGAACGAGCAAUAUGUCAGCUCAGCACAACGUUAUGACAUGGAACAAGAGGCAUUAGAUAGAGUAAUGGAUAUUGGAAUGAAUUUACAAUUGAAGAGAAUAUAUGGUAUUGAUUGCGACCGCAGAUUAGACUGGCCUGAGCACUCGUUAGAUGCUACGCCUCAAGUGAUCUCCUCCAAUUCAAAAUUGCGGAGAGUAUUUAGCAGUUCUGGAAGAAUUGGCUUCAACUUGACAGAGAAUUCUCUACUAUUAAGUCCAAAAUGUUUUGCAUUAGAUGAUGUUAGAUUGAAACGUUCGCACCAUAGCUCUGGUAAUCUAGGCUUGAUGCCGAUGGAACAGCAAGAGAAACCUGAAGUUCUUGAUUCUAUCUCUGAUGCAUCCAGCACAUUUUCUGAUGAGGAAGAUGACAACUUCUGUGAUUUACCACAGGAGCAGCAUAAUUAUGAAGUAAUGAAAAAUAGUGGGAAGUCACGUCCUACAUAUGUGCGAAUUGUCAGCAAGCAGAUGGUAGGAAUUUACGUAUCGAUUUGGGUGCGUAAGAGGUUGAGAAGACAUAUCAACAACUUGAAAGUUUCUCUUGUUGGAGUUGGCCUAAUGGGCUACAUGGGAAACAAGGGCUCUGUUUCUGUUAGCAUGUCUUUGUUUCAAUCACGGAUGUGCUUUGUAUGUUCUCAUCUGACCUCUGGUCAGAAGGAUGGGGCUGAUCAGAGGCGUAAUUCUGAUGUUUUUGAAAUUAUACGACGAACCCGUUUCUCAUCUAUCUUCGAUGCAGAUCAACCACAGACAAUUCCUUCUCAUGAUCAGAUAUUCUGGUUUGGAGAUUUGAAUUAUCGUAUCAAUAUGUUGGAUACGGAAGUGAGGAAACUGGUUGCUCUGAGAAGAUGGGAUGAACUUCUCAACAAUGAUCAGUUAAACAAAGAACUCCGGAGUGGGCAUGUGUUUGAUGGAUGGAAAGAAGGGGUUAUAGACUUUCCACCCACUUACAAGUAUGAAUUCAACUCUGAUAGUUAUGUUGGUGAAAACCCAAAAGAAGGGGAGAAGAAGAGAUCUCCAGCCUGGUGUGAUCGUAUACUGUGGUUAGGAAAAGGUAUAAAACAACUUUCCUACGAGCGGGCAGAACUAAAGCUCUCGGAUCAUCGACCUGUUAGCUCAAAUUUUUUGGUUGAAGUUGAAGUCCUAGACCAUCGAAAGCUGCAAAGGGCUAUCAAUUUCACUAGUGUGGCUGUGCAUCCUGAAAUUUUCCUUGAUGAAGAGUUAGAAUCUCAGUGAAUACCAGGGGGGAUUGCAAAUCAUUUUGGCAAGGUUGCAAGAUUGGUAUCUUGUUUGAUAAUGGGAAUUCAAGAUGCCACCCACCAAGAUCAUCACUGUCUGAGUAGCUUACAAGAAGUGAUAGUGCUGUUAAGUAUUAAUGCAGCUGGGAUCACAAGUAAACCCUGAGUUAGGUUAUACAAGCCAAUAAUAAGUUAACGGGAAUAACGGGUGAAUGUAUAUAGUUAAAGCUAAUCCAUUUGUGUUCUGUUUUAGAUUACAAUGUGUUGUGGGUGUGUAUAUAUGGGUUUGUUUUUUUGA